AUGUACUGUCUUGCUGGUAGCGUAUGGGGCUGUGCGCGCUCAACUCUAAACACCACUUACAAGAUGUUUAUUCAGCCAAUAAUGUUGUAUGGAUGUGAGCCACUCAUUACAGCCACAGAGGUGUCUCUCAAACCACUCGAGAAGGCACACAACCAAGCAUUACGACUAAUUACUGGAGGGAUAAAAUCAACACCCAUUGAUGCAAUGCUCCUGGUUACAGGAAGCACCACAAUAGGUUCCCUUAUCAAAGAAAAGGCCUUGAUCCUGUAUGAAAAGCUACUGCGCGUUCCCAUGGACAAGUUCUUCAGAAUCUAUGAGAAUAGACCAAGACAUCUGAAAACGCAAUCUGGUCUAAUACAGAAAGCCAUAGAACUGAAGAACACAUUACAAAUUGAUGACAAACCAAAAAGCCUCUCUCCCCCCAUGAACCCAUUAGCAGACAUUGAUGUAGUUGACACACUUGCUAAGAAGGAGACAACGAUUUUGCAAUGCAUGGACCGGCCGAUGUCUUUCCACACAAUGAAGGCCUUAAUCAGGAGAGAAUUCCAGACCUCAAGGUGCGACAAAAUUAAAGCUCGAACAAAGGAGAAACAGUGGACAGUGGCACUCUCCAACAUACCCGACUGGCCAAGAAUCGAAGCCGUUGCUGAGUUUAGACUACGUACCGGACACGAUUGCUUGGCAAAACACCUUCACAGAUUGGGAGUAUACACUCAACCCACAUGCCCCCUAUGUAACCUACAGGAGGAAAUGGAGAAGACCCACCUGAUUCGGUGUCCAGCCCUAAAGACAAGUACGGAAAGCCAAAGAUACUGGGAAGCAAGAAGACUGCUAAUGAACUGCUAUUAA